AGCGAUUAACUAUCAGUAGGGCUGUAGCAACUCCACCAGAUGGUGAGAAAACGGAAUUUGAGCCGCCUGUUUACGGUGUGUUUGUAUCUGACAUUUUUCUGUCUGUCAUGCUUCCUGUACAAGAUCUACAUCAUAAAUAUGUGGAUGAACGCGGAACUGUUGGGCAAAAGCUACCCUAAUAAAGUUAAACCUGAACAACGUUCUUCGUUUAGUGAUUUCAAAUUGGCACUACAUUUCGUAAAUCGUAAAGUUCCUCCAGGCGAUCUUGGACUUCCAGUAGUGAUGGACCUAAAAGACAAUGCCACAUUAAAGAUGGUCAAAGAAGGUUUGAAAGCAUACGGAUAUAAUUCGUACGCUUCGGAUCUGAUGUCCGUUAGGCGGCGCUUACCGGAUGUAAGAGCACCAUGGUGUCGGCAGCAGAGCUUUACUGGUUCCCAUCUUCCACCGACCUCGAUUGUGAUCGUAUUCCACAACGAAGCGUGGUCCGUGCUGCUAAGAACUGUUCACACAAUCUUAGAUCGAACACCGGAUCAUUUAAUACACGAAAUACUGCUCGUGGAUGACUACUCCACUGCUGCUUUCUUAAAAACUCGUUUAGAUGAAUAUUUCGAACGAUAUCCCAAGGUACGCAUUAUACGAGCGCCAAAAAGGCUGGGUCUGAUUGUAGCAAAGAUUAUGGGCGCUAAGGCAACGACAGCCAGGGUCAUAACAUUCCUUGAUGCACACGUUGAAUGUACUGUGGGUUGGCUUGAACCAUUGCUGGCUGUGAUCAAGAACAAUUCCACCACCAUCGCCAUCCCCACGAUCGAUCAGAUCGACGGAAGCACUAUGCAGCUGGAUACAGCAUUCGCUCCACGGGUUGUCGGGGCCUACCGGUGGGAUCUAAAUUUCGGUUGGUGGGGUCGUGCCGCAAUGAAAAAGCACUAUUCCAACCCUUACGUUCCUUUUGACACGCCCGCAAUGGCUGGCGGACUGUUUGCGAUCGAACGUACCUUCUUCGAGCGAAUCGGUUGGUACGAUCAAGGCUUCGAGAUGUAUGGAAUCGAAAACAUUGAACUAUCGAUCAAGAGUUGGAUGUGUGGUGGAAAGAUGGUUAUCGUACCAUGCUCACGAGUCGCCCACAUACUGAAGCAUAGCCACCCGUACCUACUAACUGCUGGGAAGGAUGUGAUUAUGAAGAACUCACUGCGUCUAGCAGAGGUUUGGAUGGACGAGUACAAACAGGUGCUGUUUGAUGUGUACGGAGUGCCUCGUUAUUUUCCGCAGUACUUUGGCGAUGUGAACGAACGGAAAGAACUUCGAAAAAGCGUCGGCUGUGGAAGUUUUCGGGAGUACGUGCUUAAUGCUUUCCCGGAGAUGAUGAACCCACUAGUACCGGGUGCCUUCCGUGGAGAAAUUCGCAAUGCUGCUCUUUCAUCCAACCACUGUCUAACGCAUCAUUGGACAAACAAUUCCCUAACGAUGGCAGUGUGUGAUGGUAAAGAGAAGCAGCAAUAUUGGACACAUAAUUUCUACCACGAACUAAACAACUAUUCAAACUGUAUAGAAGCAAUUGUUGCAGGAGAAGUUCAGCCGAUGGUUAGGCGAUGCCAUAGGAAUGAGAAAACACGCACCCAACGGUGGCAGUAUGUGGUAGAAAGUAGACAGAUUAGAAGUGAAAAACUUGGACGAUGUCUUACAGUGCGCAAAAAUGGUGGAGCGAUUGCUAUCGAGCGAUGCAAUGCGUCCGAUCGGCAUCAGAAAUGGGUAGUGAAAUUUAUACAAUUAGAUGUAUCAAUCUUUCGGUACAAUUGA